CCCACUCGAAACCUCAUAUUGAUACACUCUAUUUUUUUGGAUACAGUAAGAUUUGGGAAGGUUCAUUAAUAUCUCUGCAGUUAGACCAAUGUGUCCUGCUUCUCUUUAUCAACAGCGCUGCAUGUAACAUGCUGAGCCGUCUGCCUCCUCUUUCUCGUCUCGCCAGUGACAGCUGAAUAAGUAUGGAGGCUAUUACCAGUCACAGCAGCUGCGAAGAAGUCAGAGAAGCGCUGUUGAAGUCCGGCUUUUCUGAAACAACUGCAGACUUGUUUUAUGAUAAUGAAGUUGAUGGGAUGUCGAUUUUAAACAUCAAAGACCAGGAUUUGUUUCUUAUGCUGCCCAACAAGAUCGGCUUGGUUAGGAAACUGAUUGUAAUGAUAGAUGAGCACAAGGCACAGUUAGCAGCCCUGCCAUCGCCUUCAGUGGUUAAAUUAGAGUCGCCAGCGUCAUCAUUGUCAGAAAAUGAACUGGAACAAGAGCAAGAGCAAAUGCAGGCCCACACUCAAGAACACGAACACAACGACACAGCCGUUCCAAACUAUUCAGAUCGCAUUAAGACUUUACUGGAAAAUGGAAGAAUAAUUGAAGAUUUUGACAAAUUUAUUGAAGAAACUGCGUACUAUGUGUUAUCUCAUGGAGAUAUAACAAGUCGAAGACGUUAUGCUGAAUUUGGCAGACACAUGUAUGAACAAUUUCCAUGCCUAGGCUUCAGUGGUCAGCAACCCUGGUCCUUUUUUUGCAAAAAGCUAUCACAAAAAAUACGGAAUCUAAGAUGGAAAAGAAAGAAAGGUUUAAACAGUUAUCCAGACUUUAUCAGCAAGAAAACAUCCACAGAACUGCACUCAACAGUAAGAGAUAUCCACAUGACUUUGAAACAAUGCACAAAGCUUAUUGCUGAUGAACUGAGGAAGCCACAUAUGCAGCAGAACAGGACCCUGCUCAAACACCUUCAGAAGAUCUCGUACAAAGACAGACGGCUGGACAUCGCUCGGUCUGAAGAGGGAGCUGUCCAGGACAUUCUUAAGAAGUAUCCCUUAUUGAAUGACAUGGAGUAUAUCCAAUUAGAAUUUAAAAUGCUUGUGAAACUUGGUGACACAGAGGCAUCAUGGACUACUCUUCUUGUAAACCUGGAGAAGGCCAUGUCAGUGGAGAGAAACAAUGAGGUGGGAUGGUUGAGAAAUUACUUAACAUUACAUUGGAAGGCUUCAAUUUAUUUAUCAACAUCAGUUUAACGGCAGUAUUGUAGAUAUGUAACAGUGUGGUGGCCGGGCCUGAGCCAGUGACUGUGUGUCACCCCCACCCUUGAGCGAGUGUCUUACAGUUCACACAAUAUCCAGACUGCAGAACAGUUACAGAGGUUUUAACCUCAUCUCAGUGGCAGCGGUCAGAAUGUGUAGCACUGUUUGUUACAGAGGCUUGCGCCUGUAUGUUUCAAAUCAAUUUGUAUGUGCUUUUUUAUGAGAAUGUAAUGAAUUAGUAACUACAGUUUGUGUUGUACUGCAAACCAGUGCCAUUGCUAAAAUGUUCAUACUGAUUCAACACUGUGUAGAGGCUUCAUGAAUAAUGUACGACUCAGUAAUGUGGCAUCAUUAAAGCAAGUUAUCAUAAUUAAUACUACUUACAUAGCCAUCACCACAUUGUCCAUUCUUUGAUCGGUGCCAACAAUGCUGCUGCAAAUUUUCAACAAACAACCUGAAACUUGGUACAAAUUCAAAUAGAACCCAAGUCUAAGUGAGUCAAAUUGACAGUAAAAAAAUACUGAGUGGCAGUCUGUUAG